UAAUGCCCUUCCAGCAGCCCCUCCCUCCCAAAGGCGAUGCUGGGCAAACAGAGCCAGCCCUCGCCCUCUCCUCACGCAGCGAGGAACCUUCUGCGGGGACGGAGCGGGCGGCUCGGGGGCAUCGCGGCAGAGGGUGUUUCACUGCAGACGGGCGCAGAGCCAUGUGUAUAUAAAGCCUGGGGCAGCAGCCCGGGAGGAUUGUUUAGCACAACCACACCUCGGCUCGCCUGGCAGCACGGCGAGGCACUGCCGGAGCACCGGCGGCUGAACCCCGACGUACCCGGGUGUGGGAGCGAGCUGCCCAUGGGCCCCCGCCUGCUGCUGACACUGAUGCUGCUCCAGGCAGUUUGGAAAGGUGCUCUGGGAAAGUCCCAUUCACUGCACACUCGAGGAAUCAUUGAACUGGCUGGAGCAAUAACGUGUGGCACAGGACGGUCUCCCUUGGCAUAUAUUGGCUAUGGGUGCUACUGUGGACUGGGAGGAAGAGGUUGGCCUAGAGAUAAAACAGACUGGUGCUGCCACAGGCACGACUGCUGCUACGACACGGCAGAGAAGGAAGGCUGCAACCCCAAGGUGCAGCGCUACCAGUGGGUGUGUGAGCAGAACACCGUGCGGUGCGAUAACCUGACAGACCGAUGUGAAAAAAUGGUGUGCCUGUGUGACCAAGAAGCAGCCAAGUGCUGGGGAGCAGCACCAUACAAUCCACACUUCAUCCUCUGGCCAGACUUUUUAUGUGGCCAGACUCAUCCCACCUGCCACGUCACGUAUGGGGGGCCAGAAUAGUCUUUAUACAACCUUUCUUCUAACAGUUUGAACCUGAAGGUUGUGGAAUAAAAUUUUUCCUUGUUUUUCAGAUCUAACAGUGGUGUGAGAGAAUUUCUAUCAGGGCAGGAAUUAUGGGGAGGAGAAACAGACCAGCAAGGUGUGGGGUGGAGUUGCCCUCUCUGUGAGACACACUUGGAAUGUAUCAAGCUCUGCCUUUGGGUAGACAACAAGCAUGUCAAGAGCUCAAGAAUUAGAAAUAAAGGGCAGACUGAUAGGGGUAACACUGCUGGGGGUGUUUGCUACAGGCCACCCGAGCAGGAGAAAGUGGAUGAGGCCUUCUACAGCCAGUGUGAAGCAGCCUCACAGUCACGGGCCCCAAUUCUGGUGGGGGACUUUUAACUACCCUGACACCCGCUGGACAAACAACAGGUGACAAAAGUGAUUAAGGGACUGGAAUAUCUCCUAUGAGGAAAGGUUGAGGGAGCUGGGUGUGUUCAGCCUUGAGAAGAGAUGACUGAGAGGGAACCUCAUCAGUGUCUAUGAGUAACUGAAGGGAGGGUGUCAGGAGGAUGGAUCCA